GAGAGACGGAGACUUGUACAGCUGUCUUUCAUCUACCAAGGACAAACACAUCUUUUUGGCACAGUUGAUUUGCUUGAGGAUUUCUACAGAACAACUCUGGAGUAUUGCAAAUUUGCUUUUAUUUAUUGAACUGACUUGGCUAACGUAAAUAUAACGUUAACGUUAUUGAAAACUUCCAUUUGCACUUUGGACAAAGAACGUUAGCUUGCAGUAGCACUCUGUGUUAUUUAAGCAUUUGUACACGAUUAUUAGCUAAGUAUUUUAAGUGUAUAUUUAAUCUAUGCAGUUUGCACACAUUGAAUUUGUUGGAAAACAAUUCUACCGACUGCAAUUACCUCUACUAAGCUUAGUUUACAAUUAACGUUGACGUAACGUUUGCCAAAGUAGCUUGGCUAGCUUGCUAACUGACUUCUUAAUAGCAAAAUUGAAAUAUUGCGCAAAACACUACUAAACGUAGUUUAUUUGCUGUCAUCAAAGCCUUUAAUUUAACAUUUUACGAACGUACAAACGCAUUCGCACUGAAGAUGAUACGGAUGCCCAAAGGAGUCUCUCCUGCAUCGGGCAGAGGGGCAGUGGGCAUUCAGUGCCAGCAGAAGAAAGUUUUGCCCGCAGUUAAAUCCGAUUUUUUCGGUUCGGGGAUAUCAAGUCCAUUGAUGAACUCUGUGCCGGCGGGAUAUUUCACCCAGAUCUGCAACACGACAGCUGCGGAACAGAGAGCUAACUGCUUGUACGCAACCCCCCAUGGCCCCCAAGCUAAACCCGUCAGAGUAUCCUCCGGCAGACUCCCGGCCAAGCGGAAGCUGGACCUCGAAGAUCCUUUGUACCUUCCAGGCUUCCGUACCCCGAAGGGGAAAGGAAACGUGGCCGCUGCACGUCUCCCGAGUCCUAAAACUCCCAAGUCCCCUGGAGAACGGACCCGGUACGACACGUCCCUGGGCUUGCUCACCAAGAAGUUUGUGGGUCUCCUCAGCGAGUCGGCCGAUGGCGUCCUGGACCUCAACUGGGCCACUGAGGUUCUGGAAGUCCAGAAGCGUCGGAUCUACGACAUCACAAACGUUCUCGAGGGGGUCCAGCUCAUCCGCAAAAAGUCCAAGAACAACAUCCAGUGGCUGGUUGGGGGUGUGUUUGAGGGCUCUGCUGGCGGAGAGAAGACGCGCUCCUUGCGGAGGGAACUGAGCGCGCUCGAGCGGGAGGAGAAGAUUCUGGACGAGCUGAUCCAGUCCAGCACCAACCAGCUCCGUGAGCUGACCGAGGACAAGGACAACCAGAGGUUAGGCUACUUGACCUAUCAGGACAUCCGAUCCAUCGGCAGUUGGCGGGACCAGACGGUCAUUGCGGUGAAAGCGCCGACAGAAACCAAACUGGACCUGCCAGAACCCUCAGAGGGCUCUCUGCAGAUCUACCUGAAGAGUAAGAACGGGCCCAUCGAGGUGUACCUGUGCCCAGAGGAGCUCCUGGAGGACGCCAGCCCAGUGAAGAGCGCCACCCCCAGGAAGGACCUGCCACUGCAGGGCAUCGUGCCCGCCAUGGGCACCACCACGCCACUGCCCUCUCAGAUGCCCGUCAAACAGGAGCCAAUCACAGACCUCCCCAAGCCCCAGACCCCCGGUGCAGCCCCCAGCAGCAGCAGCGUUGGCUCGUCCCUGCUGGACGUGGAGGGGAUCCUGGGCCUGCCGCCGUGCCUGCUGCAGAUGACCGAGGACCAGCUCCCCUGCGCCACCUUCGUCCCCGACCCCUUGGUCCCGUUCGUCAGCCUCUGCGCCCCCGCUCGACCACGACGACUACCUGUGGGGGCUGGACGAGGGCGACGGCGUCACGGACUUCUUUGACACGUACGACUUGGGAGACCUGCUCAGGAGCUGAAGGCGGUGUGGAGGGAGUGGGCAGAGAGAGAGGGUGUGAGAAGAGCGCCCUCCACUGGUCAGCAAGGGGAGGAGCACUGCUAUACAAUGAAGCCAUGAUUUCUUGCUUUUAGCCAUAAGUAACUAGAGAUAGUGGAUGUUAAUUUUAUUGGAUAUUGAUUAAUGGAUUGGAUUUUGUGUUUAGAGUUAUGUUUUGCAAUUAUUUUUUUUAGUUUGUAAAGAUUUUAAGAAAUUGUAAUUUGAUUUUUUAGAGUUUUUUAUUUUUUUGUUUCUAAUUUGUACAUUUGUAUUUUACUUGGGUCACGUUUCAGCCCCUGUAGGCUGACCUAUGGAGAGUGUGCUGAAGUGAAUAGAGCUGGUAUUUUACUUGGGUCACGUUUCAGCCCCUGCAGGCUGACCUAUGGAGAGUGUGCUGAAGUGAGUAGAGCUGGUAUUUUACUUGGGUCACGUUUCAGCCCCUGCAGGCUGACCUAUGGAGAGUGUGCUGAAGUGAGUAGAGCUGGUGGGCAUUUGUGUGAAGGAGGGAGGGAGGGGUUCACAGUCUCAGGAAAUGUCUCGAGUCUCUCCAAAGCUAGGCGUCUGUACAACUCUCUACCAGCAGGUGGCAGCAGAGGCUUUUUUUAUUUAAAAGUUAGUCAAGCUUUACACUCUGUGAGAUCACCAAACAAAGUGCUUGUUUUUGCGACGUGCACAGCUAAUGUGAUGUCACGUUUCAGCCAGGGAAGGUCUCCGGUGAUCUGAAAUGGAACCCCCAUGUUCUGUUCUGGGGAACCUGGCACCAGGUGUUCUAAGAGGAGGUUCUAACGGGAGGAACCCGGAUCCUCUGUGGGUCCAGACCAGGCUGCAGUGACUGUAUGCUGGUGGCCUUGCCAGGCUGAGCCCAGAGCUACUGGCUCUUGUAUAAUAAUGUGUAGUCCGACCAGCGCAGGCAUCCGGCAGCGUUCAGCUUUAUGAAACUGGCAGCUAGAUUUCCAUGUUAAGCUUGUUGGCAUGUUUUGUUUGCUACCAGCAGACAUUGUAGGAGUCUCUAGUAUUGAGUUACCUUUUUCUGGCAUUGGCAUAGAAGCCACCAUAAACUUGAGUUUUUUUUUUUUUUUUUUUUUCAUUUGUUUGGAAAUGUUUUAAAGCUCGGAGGCCUUUAUCCCAUUGAGAAUUGAACACUGCUCAUGAGGUUGCUAAGAACCUCUCCUGACAGACAUUUAAGUUUUUAACUGUUUUUGGGAUUUCUUGAUCUUCCUCAAAUUGGAAAAGUCACUCACAAGACUUAUUGUUGUCCGUAUGUGAUCAAUGAUGGAUUGUAAAACACUGUGUCCAGUAAAUGUGAAUGGCCAGUAUGGAGUGUGUAUAUGGGUCAGUGGAUCCAGAUCAGUACUUUUAGCCCAAGUCCUCACUAAGACCACCAAAACCUCAAGCGUUCAGUUCAGGGUUUACGUCUUCCACUGGAUCAGAAUAGUGAUCCAGGAAAUUGUCCUGUCCUAUCAAACUUGAAAAGUGUGAGUGUGUGCGCGUGUGUGUGUGUGUGCAUGCGUGAGUGUAACUGUGUGUGUGUGUACCUGUGUGUGCGAUGCGUGCGUGUGUUUGUGCCUGCAUGU